UCAAGGUGCCUGCUUGUUGAGGCUACCACUAAUUUGCAGUUGGAAUUGGGACAAUGGCUAAUGUCUCAAUCUCAAAUGAUAAUUUUAGUGAUUUCCAGGGUGGUCACUUUCAUCUUAAAGCAUAUGAGAGAAAUGAAUUAGUGGUCGAAGAUCCUUGGUUUGAACUUGAAGAUUGUGCAGAUAUUGAUUCUGUUUAUUCCAUGUGUGACCUUAACAAUGAAGAGAAUACAUCUAAUGAACAAGUUACAACCAACUUAUUGGAAGAUCAGAAACAAAGUAUAUCAAAUUGGAUGCAGGGUUAUUUCUCCACCAACACAGAUCAAAUCAAAUCCAGUAUUGAAGCACCAAAGAAUGAUGAUUUCCAGCCUCAAGUCCUACAACUUAUUGGCAACUCUAGCAAUGAAAAAUCAAAUCCGUUUUCUUUAGCAUCUUUUGAGCUACUGAACAAUUAUGGCAGACUGAUCAAGAAAUCGAGAGAGGAAAACUCGAGCAUUUAUAAUGCACUAAGCUAUGAGGCUCGUGCAUGUAACAACAACAAGUUGUCAACAGAAGAAAUCCUUUUGGUUGCCGGAGAAAGGUACAUCCGGUACUCCACCCAAAGGCUAGACGGUCUUUCUAUGUUUAUAUACCCUUAUGGUUCGGCACUCUCAGGACUUAGUAUAGAGGAAACAAGGGACAUGGAACUUGUCCACCUCCUCCUAGCUGCAGCAGAAGAAGUAAAUAACCAGCAAUUUCAUCUGGCUAGAAAAUUGAUUUCUCGUUGUGUGUGGGUGGCAUCUGAAUCAGGUAGUCCUGUCCAAAGACUUUCUUUCUAUUUUGCUAAAGCUUUAGAGGAGAGGAUUGAUAGAUCAACCGGAAAAUACACAUGUACGGAUGAAGAUCGCCACCUCAAGUACAUAAAAACUAUGGCAUUAGGUACCAACUCUGCAUUCUUGACGUGCCACCAACUACUUCCCUUCAGUCAAGUGAUGCAAUUUGCGGGAGUUCAAACAAUACUUGACAAUGUCAGAAGUGCGAAAAAGAUCCAUUUGAUCGAUUUUAAUAUUAGGAGUGGAAUUCAGUGGACAGUCUUGAUGCAAGCUCUUGCUGAAAAAAGUGAGUGCCCAAUUGAGCUUCUCAAGAUAACUGCUGUUGGAAGCACAGAAAAAGAGAAGUUUGAAGUAACAGGCAACACAUUACACAGUUUCGCCACGUCUUUGGGUCUGUCAUUUUCAUUUGAUAUAGUUUUCCUGUCAGACAUGAAAGAUUUCAAGAAAGAAUCAGUCAAUAUUGAAGCAGAUGAGACUGUGGCUGUUUAUUGUAACACUGUUUUAAGGACAAUGAUACCAAAACCAGAUUGUUUGGAAAAUUUGAUGAAAGGAGUCAGAAGUAUUGGACCAACAGUUAUUGUCAUUGGCGAAGUCGAAGCAAACCAUAAUUCACCAUCAUUUUUAAACCGCUUUAUUGAGACACUAUUCUUUUAUGGUGCAUUUUUCGAUUGCUUUGAGGACUGCAUGGAUCGAGACAGUCCAUGCCGAAGAACGAUUGAAGGGUUGUAUUUUGGUGAAGGUAUUCGGAACAUUGUGGCUGCUGAGGGUAAAGAAAGAUUCACCAGGAAUGUGAAACUUGAAGUGUGGAGAGCAUUUUUUGCAAGGUUUGGUAUGGUGGAAGAAGAGCUAAGUGAGUCAGCUUGGUAUCAAGCUAAUUUAAUUCUCAAGCAAUUUGCACAAGGCAGUUGUUGUAAUAUUCACAAGGAUGGGAAAGGCCUAAUUAUUGGGUGGAAAGGAACACCAAUUCAUUCUCUUUCCAUUUGGAAGUUCUUGUAAGGAAGUCAAUUUGGCCUAUGUUUUGAGAACUAUGUGAACAAAGAGUGGGCGGAAGAAAAGGAGGUCCUCAUACAGAGUCCCAGUCUUACUUAAGCAAAGCGGGAGUUUGGAGAAUGACUUGGUUAAUUACUGCUCCUAUCCCUUUAGAGCUUGGGUGUUUAGCACAGAAUUUCAAUACUAUUAGACACCUGAGAGAAAAUUUUGAAAACCUAUGACGCCAAAAUGUACAAUCUCAUUGUGAAUGUCAUGCUUCUGGUUUAUCCUUUUA